GAAUUUCUUUUCUUGGUCCUGUUUUUUUUUUUUUUAAAUACAGCCCAGUGACCCCUGAUGGCUACUUCCUCAUCAGUGCAAGCAAAGAUGGAAAACCGAUGCUUAGGAAUGGAGAGACGGGUGAUUGGAUCGGGACUUUUGAGGGGCACAAGGGUGCCGUUUGGGCAGCGUGUCUCGACCCCCCGGCACUCCAUGCUGCAACAGCUUCAGCAGAUUUUAGCGCACGCGUUUGGGAUGCUAUGACUGGCGACGAACUCCAUUCCUUUGAGCACAAGCACAUAGUUAGGACAAUCGACUACUCCAAGAGUGGAAAGCGCAUCUUGACAGGAGGUCCGGAAAAGGUCAUCAGAAUAUUUGACCUGCAGCAGCCGUGUUCAGAACCUAUGACAUUGUGCGGAUCGGAAGCGUCAAUCCGAGUUGGAGUUUGGCACAGUGACGACAAUGUCAUUUUGAGUGCCUUAUCAGACAAAACAGGAGUGAGAGUUUGGGAUGUGAGGUCGAAAUCGGUUGUGCGCAUUUUGUCGACAAGGAGCCCUGUAACCAGCGUAGAAGUAUCUCGGGAUGGGCGGUACAUCACCAUCUCGGCUGGAAAUGAAGUGCAGGUCUGGGAUGGAAUAACGUAUAUGUUUGUCAAGAACCUGACCAUGCAGGCACCCAUCGAGUCAGCGUCGUUCUAUCCAUCAACAGGUCGUCUUAUCUCCGGCGGUGAUGACAUGUGGGUGCGGCUUUUCGAUUUCGACUCCGGCGAAGAGCUUGAUUGCAAUAAAGGACAUCAUGGGCCUGUCCAUUGUGUGCGCUUUGCGCCGGGAGGGGAGUCCUACGCUUCAGGAUCGGAAGAUGGGACUAUUCGCAUCUGGCGCAUCUGGGAACCAGAGGAUUUGGAUGGGAUUGGUGGUGGUGGUGCUGACAUUGCGGAGCCAUUUGUUGGUGACCCUGGAAGCAGUGGGGGUGGAGUGGUUGGCGCCUAUCGCAGUGCUGCCGUCCGUGUUGGCGUCAACGAAGUUUCGAAAAAGAUUGAGGGCUUCAAGAUAGUAGAAGGUCUAUCUGGUAAUGGGACUAGGGUCUGAAAGCAUCAGUAAUCACUCUGUAUGCGUUGAUGUGAUGAAGUCCUCGAUCGCCAGUCUACACGAAGUGGCACAUGCACUCCUUGCCAUCUCUCUCUCUCUCUCUCUCUCUCUCUCUCUCUCUCUCUCUCUCUCUCUCUCUCUCUCUCUCUCUCUCCUCCCUGGCUGUCCUCUUGAUAACACACUCUUUUACUCACACAUAGUCACACCAUCACUGACCUGGUUGAAUGAGCACACAUGUGAGUGUGUGCAUGCUUGCACUCUCCAGUCUCCAAGUGACUUUCCACUGCUUGUCGAUCUCCUUGCUUGCUUGCUUACCUGCCGCAUCGUGGGCAUGUGAGCCUUAGGUUCCGAUCGCGCCUUCGGAUCCCUUCUGCAAUUUCUGGUCCAUACAUGACUCUGCUGGAAGUUUUUCAGCAUCUGUUGCUGUCCUAUAAUCUCUCUUCCUCUCUCUCUCUCUGUGUGUCAUGCAGACCUUUCGUUGAUCGGUUAGAGAGAGACUGGGUAAAAGUGUUUAUGGGUGAGGGGGAGGAGAUGGUCUUCUCCAAGUUGCACACCGUGUGAAGGCCAUGGAAGAAGGGAUGCAAAGGUGUGCUUCCUCUGUCUAUUGAUGCUUUUGUGUAUAGUGGAGUGUGUUCUCUCAUUUUGGUGGCUGAGAUGAUGAUGGAUGAAAGAGGGAAAAUUCAACGUCUUAUCGGUGCGAAGAUGACUGAGUGAGAGAGUUAGUGUGUUUUUUUGGAUGGGCAUUCAAGCUAUGCAGGAGUGA